AUGACUCUUAAAUCACCCAAAGUAAUUUGGGAUUAUCUGAAAGAGGAAUACGCUAGAGAUGAUAGGAUACGAAGCAUGCAAGUGCUGAAUUUAAGGAGGGAAUUUGAGCUUCAAAUGAUGAAAGAGUCAGAGACAAUCAAAGAAUACUCAAACAAAUUGUUGGGUAUUGCCAACAAGAUAAAGUUGUUGGGAAGUGAUUUUGCUGAUUCAAGAAUUGUAGAGAAAAUUUUGGUAACGGUGCCGGAGAGGUAUGAAGCAUCUAUAGCUUCAUUGGAGAAAACAAAGGAUCUGUCGAAAAUCACAUUGGCAGAAGUGCUACAUGCCCUGCAAGCUCAAGAGCAGCGAAGGUUGAUGAGGCAAGAUCGUGUUGUCGAAGGUGCUUUGCCCGCCAAACAUCAUGAAGUUGAUGAAAGCAAAAAGGAUUUUUUUCAAAAAGAAUCAACCAACAAGCAGCGAAAAUAG